AUGACCUGCCCCCACGUUGAGGAUCUGAAGGUCCUCAGGUAUGAAGAGGAAAUAAACAAAAGGACGGCUGCGGAGAACGAUUUUGUCCUCCUAAAAAAGGAUGUGGAUGCAGCCUACAUGACCAAGGUGGAGCUCCAGGCAAAAUUAGAUUCCCUGGCAGACGAGAUUAACUUCCUGAGGUGUCUUUACGAAGCGGUGAGUGGUCCAAUGCAGAAGACUGUUUCCGACACCUCUGUGAUUCUCUCCAUGGACAACAACCGGAACCUGGACCUGGACAGCAUCAUCGCUGAGGUCAAAGCCCAGUAUGAGGAGAUCGCCAACCGGAGCCGAGUGGAGGCUGAGUCCUGGUACCAGCACAAGUACGAGGAGCUGCAGGCCACCGCGGGCCAGCACGGGGACAGCCUCAGGGACACAAAGAUCGAGAUCUCUGAGCUCAACCGCACGAUCCAGAGGAUACGGGCUGAGAUCGAGAGCGUGAAGAAACAGCGUGAGACCCUGCAGAGCUCCAUCACUGAGGUGGAGGAACGCGGGGAGCUGGCGCUGAAGGAUGCCAGGGACAAACUGGCCGAGCUGGAGACAGCCCUGCAGAAGGCCAAAGCUGACCUGGCCCGGCAGCUGCGCGAGUACCAGGAGCUGAUGAACGUCAAGCUGGCCCUGGACAUCGAGAUCGCGACCUACCGCAAGCUGCUGGAGGGAGAGGAGUGCAGGAUGUCCGGAGAGUGCCAGAGCGCUGUGAGCAUCUCUGUGGUGGGAGGCAGCAGCAGCUCCGCGGGAGGUGGAUAUGGCGGCGGACUGUGCCUGGGAGGAGGAGGAUUCGGUGCUGGAAGCGGGAGAGGCAGCUGUGGCACAGAAACUGCACAGAAAGGGGAAAUCCAGGUGGAUUCACCAGGUAACGACUGA